UCCAAAGUCCAAACCCUGGCUCCGUCCGUCCUCCUCCCCGAUCCCCUUUCACCUCUCUCGUCUCGCUCCGGCCAACGCCGCCUCCAGCCCCGGCCUCGCCUCCACCCUCCCUCGUCGCCGACGCCCCCCGCAUUCUCCUCCGCCCCCCCAUGGAGCCGAUCCAACCCACGGCCACCCAAGCGAGCAAGAUCCGCGUCCAGCACGAGCCCGCUGACGGCGGAUAUGCGGCGAGCGGGGCUAUCGGCGCCCUCCCUAUCCACCUCAUUGAGAAGAUCCUCGGAUUCGCGUCCAGCACGAGCCCGCUGGAUUCGGUGUGCCUCGCCGUCGUCUGCAAGUCCUGGGCGGCGGCCGUCUCCGAGCGGCUAGCGAGACCCACCCCCCACCUGUUCGCGCUCAAGCUCGCCAACGUGCACAGCCAGUCCCCGUUACGGUUCAUGCUGCCGCCCGAGGAGGAGCGCCGCCACCGCGGGGCCAUCUACUCCCUGCCGGUGAACGAGGAGGGCUCGCCGUCGCUGGUGGCCCCUGCCCGCUUGCCCUCCGUGGUCCGCGACCCAAAAGGCAUGAACUUUAAGCUAUCCGGCGCCCUGCCCUGCGGCCUCCUCUCCUUCGCGGUCGGCAACCGCGUUGUCCUCGUCAACCCCAUCACCGGCGCGUUCCGGAGCGACGUGUAUGCGCCCUUCGGGACUGGAGCUAAGGUGAGGGCCGUCGCCAGCGCCAACGCGAUCUUCGAUCACGACUACGCCGAGAGGAGCGUCCCGCUCUGCUGGUGCACGGGGGAGUGGUCCGAGCGGAAGCUGCUCUCUGAAGAGUUCAAGAACAUUUAUCUGAUGGCCUACACAGACGGUGUCUUCUACGCGCUGGAAUUCCGGGGUUGCGCCUACACGGUGGACACACGCGUGCCACCACCAUGGCGCCUGAAGAAGCUCCGUGCGCCGAGCAUUCUCGAGCAGUACACCCCGAUCCGCGGGCGCUUCCUCUGCUACUCGCACCUGCUGGAGUCGGAAGGGGCAGUCCUGUUUGUUGGUCCGGUGCUCGCACCACGACAACCCACAUGCCGUGAUACCAUCGGUGGCUUCGAGGUGUACAGGCUGGAUGUCGAGGCGGCACGAUGGGUGAAAGUGGAGAGGCUUGCUGCUGACAGGGCGCUUUUCGUGAGUGAGCAAUCAUCGUUCUCUGUGCGUGCCUCGGAGGUGCCGGGGUGCAUGAGCAACUGCAUCUACUUUGUGGGUGAGGUUGAUGACUACUCCUACGUCACCUGGGGCGUCUACUCCAUGGAGGAGCGGAAGGUGCUGUUUCAGCGCCCCGUCGGUGGUUCUUGGGGAAGGUAUGCUGCUGCACGCUGGUUCCUCCCUGCUGUUGUGAUACCAUUUGCAGAUGCACGUGCGCAUUGUAUACUCGGGAGAAAGGACAAAAAUCUAAGUUCUUCAGAAGGACAGGAGGAUGGGAGCAAUUGUGCGAAAUCAAGAUGCUACUAUCAAUCCUUUGGCUCUGAUUGAGGUGUCGGCGGUGACAGGCAGGCUUAUAAAUCCCUGAGAUGCUACUAUGAAGCAGAAGUGCUAUUAUUCUAGGAUCUGAAUCUGAAGAUUCGUUUGAUGAAGUUAAUGUACUGGUGAAGUUUGAGGCUGUUUGAUUUGGUUGGUGUUUUGCAUGUUGUUGUAGACCUUGUAGCUUGGAUGAGCAUGAACUUGCUAGGCUGGCGCUGCUUUGGGUAUUUCUAAGAUCCAUUACAUUGGAACGGCGGAUCUCUCUCAGUCCGUAUAUGAUAUGGCGAGCACGGCGAUUAUGUUCAUCACCAAUGUGGUGGAAAUCCUCCAACUUUGUGAUGCAGUGUACUUGUAGAGUUGUUUUGUUGACAAAGGUGUAUGGUAUCGGCCAAAUUCUGUGCCAA